AUGGGAGACGUAGUCGGAGCCGGCCGGCGGCUAAACCCCGCCUUCGCAUGGACUGGGAGGGGUCGCGCGGGCGGAGAGCGGAAGGCGGAGCUCAAGGAGCGCCGGCCAAUAAGUGCGCGGCGUGAGGCGGAUGGGCGCCGCACGGGACGCGAGGGCUGGACCGCCGGUGAGGUGGGAGUAAAGGUUGGAUUUUAAGGCGGGGGCGGCUCCCGGAGCCACGCGCUCAGGCUGGAAGGUGGGGUGAAUGCCGGGUCGGCGGGUGCACCUUUUUCUGCACCCCUGCGUCCACCUCGGGAACUGCACACGGCACCCCCACCCCGCACGCUGAUGAUAGUACGGCCUGCAGGGCUCCCCUUCCGAACGAAGCUAAUGGUUCGCUCCGCCCCGCCCACACAGAGGCCGCCCACCGGCUCUGCAGCUUCGCAGGACUCCUCCGUCAGACCAACUACAGAAGGCGCUUGGCCUUCGCCCUCAGUCUCUCUUCAAGGCCAGGGGGCGUUGUCUUCGGUUGCGACCCCGCACUUGGACCCAAACAGGGUCCCAGCCUCGGCCUUGGACUUAUGCCUAGGAAGCCGGCCAGCCUCCCGCUUCAGACCUUGGGGGAAAGUCUCUACCUCUGCUCUCAGACUCUGAAAAGCGUUUCUUCCGGGCCUGCUCUAGACUUCAGCUUCUCUCCCUCUCCCACAUCCCAAGAC